UGAUCUGAGAAACCGAAACACUUUGGAGACCGAAAGACCGGAACAUAAGGCGGGCAAGAGAGUUUGUUUCUUCUCUCUUCAAUGGAAGGCGGCGAACAGGUUCUCCCUUCGGCCACCACCGUCGCCGCCGCCGGCUAUCCCAACGUCUCUCCUCCUCCGCUCGCUGAUCCUGUCGGUGCUUCCGAUCUCGCUGCUGCUGCCUCGGACGACGUUGUUGCGGAACCUGAAAUUCACGCGCUGAUUUCAGACGAAGAGCACGAUCACGAUCACGAUCACGAUCACGAUCACGAGCAUGAGCAUGAGCAUGACCAUGACCUCGAGCACGAUCACGAGCAUGAGCAUGACCACCACGAGGACCGCGAUGAUCACGCCGCCGUGGCAGCUGUCUCCUUGGAAGAUCUCAAACUCAAGAUCAUUAAGCAGGUGGAGUAUUAUUUCAGCGAUGAAAAUCUGCCCACUGACAAGUAUCUGUUGGGUUUUGUCAAGAGGAACAAGGAAGGGUUUGUUCCUGUAUCAGUAAUUGCUUCUUUUAGAAAAAUAAAGAAGCUCACGCGAGACCAUGCAUUUAUUGUUGCUGCAUUGAAGGAGUCUUCACUGCUUGUUGUUAGUGGUGACGGGAAAAGGGUCAAGCGGCUCAACCCACUUCGUUUCAAUGAAUCUAGAGAUCAUAAGUUAUAUACUGUUUUGGUAGAGAAUUUGCCAGAGGAUCAUUCAAGGAAGAACAUUCAACAAAUAUUCCAUGAAGCUGGAAAUAUAAAGAGGAUAACCAUUCAUGAUCCACAUUCUACUUCAGAGUCUACAAGACACAUCAAGCAAGAAAUGUUAAUUAGUAAUAAGUUACAUGCUCUUGUGGAAUAUGAGACUAUUGAGGCUGCUGAGAAAGCUGUGGCUAUGUUAAAUAAUGAACAAGACUGGAGAAAUGGCAUGCGGGUUAAACUUCUCAAGGGAAUGGGGACGUAUGGGCACAAAAAACAAGCUUGGAAAGGAUCUCAUUCUGAGAAGAAUAGCUCAAGGCAUGUAUCUGAACAAACAGGAGAUGAGGAGAAUCAUGGCUCUAAUGAGCAUCGUGAAGAUGCACAUGAGGAAGAAGAUGGGGAUCAUCUGUCGAAGGACAAAGGUGGGCAGAGGUAUAGAAAUCAAGGAAGAUCAAGAAAACAUAAAUAUCGUGCUGGAAAUGGAAUGGGCCAUGGAAGUACACCAUCAACUCAUGCUGCCGAAGCAUCGAAGCCACCCCCUGGACCAAGAAUGCCAGAUGGAACACGUGGCUUCGCAAUAGGACGAGGUCGGUUUCCUGUCCCUGCUUCGAAUUAGCAAAGAUUGGACGCCACAAAUGAGGGAUUGUAUUUAGCAGUAUUAUGUGUCCGAUGCUUUAGUGAUGUACUAGUUUUUACUUGGGUCCCUAUGCGUGUUCGCUUGAGUCAACAUGGGUUUGUUGGACUGGUAAAUUAUGUAUCUCAAUCUUUGGAAGUGAGUGUUGGUGGUGAAGUACAUACCCAUUUUAAGAUUAUUAGGCUGGGAAACAUAGAACUGUUCUAGUUGUGGUAAUCCUCACCUUACGAGGAAUCUGUGUAACAAAAUCAUAUCGAGAAAUUUGUUAAAGGGGAUGAAAGAAAGCUGUGUUUGAUAACCAAUUGAAAUUUUCUUGGUUCUA